AUGCUUCCCACCCUCGCUUUUUCGGCUUUGCUCCUGCCCUCUACCUUGGCCGCCAUUCUACCGCAGUAUGAUCCCUUCUACACUGCUCCCGCUGGUUACCAGGACAGGGCUCCUGGAACCAUCCUCCGUACGCGCAGAGUCGCCACAUCCUACAUCGGUCUCAUUCCCGAUGGUGUACAAGCAUGGCAAUUGCUGUACCGCACGACUGCCAUCAAUGGAACUGCCAUCAGUGCUGCGACUACCGUCUUCAAGCCUCUCAACCCCAAGCUGGACAGCUUUGUCAGUUUCCACACUGCAUACGACGGUUCUGCUGUAACCGGCGCAUGCGACCCCAGCUUCAACUACCAGCUCCUCGCUCCCCAGGUCGACCUGAUCUCGUCCGUCGAGUUUUUCUUGCUCCAGGCUUAUCUCAUGUCGGGCUACAUUGUGCAAUCCCCCGACUAUGAGGGCCCCGAUGCUGCUUUCGGUGCUGGUCGCCUUGCAGGUAUGGGUGUUCUCGACAGCAUGCGCGCUAUCGUCAACUUCAAGUCUACUCUUGGCUUCACCACGUCAACACCCAAGAUUGUUGGGUACGGCUACUCUGGCGGUGCUAUUGCCACUGGCUGGGCAGCUUCCUUGAUAUCCGGUUAUGCUCCUGAGUUGAACGUCUUGGGCUGGGCUUCGGGUGGUACUCCCGCCAACUUGACUGGCACAGCUGUCUUCAUCGACGGUACACUCUUCGCCGGUUUCCUGCCUCAAGCCCUCGUCGGUCUCGCCGCAGACUCAGCCUACGGUGCUCAGCUUGACCCCGUCAUCGACCGCAUCAUCACGCCGAAAGGUCGUGUUGUCCUGGACACUGCCGAGCAGAUCUGCGGCGUCGAGAAUCUGUUCACCUUCGCCUUUGGCCAGAUCCAGAGUACCGAUGUUCAGUCUUUGGGCAACAAGGUCUUCUUCGAACCUACCAUUGCCGGGGUCCUCGAAAAGAAUGUCAUGGGCGUUAAUCCUGAUGAGACUCCCAAGGCUCCCGUGUACAUGUACCACGCCACCAACGACGAAGUCAUUCCUUACGCAAAUGCCUCGACACUCUACUCUGACUGGUGCGCUGAUGGUGCUUCUGUGCACUUCACCACUGUCGCCGCCGGAGGUCACGCGACUACUGAAGUCAUUGGUUUCGUUGGUGCAUUCAACUUUGUCAAGGCUGCUUUCGCUGGCACUGUCGCAAGCGGCUGCUCGACCUCGACUGAGUUGGCAAACACUUUGGACCCAUUGGCUUUGGGAGUGCAACUGGAGCCUGUGAUUGUGCAGUUGUUGAAUGCACUUGCCGUUGCUGGAAGAAAUGACAUCAACAUCAAGAACAACCUCCAGACUCUUAACGAGACUGUUGGAGCAUAG